CUUACGCACAACACCACGAACAUCAUUCUCCCUCUAGACGAUUCUGGCUGUACUUCUACCCCACGUAAGGCUGUGGGCUGGGACCCGGCGAUCAGCCAUCUGCGGCAUACGAAGCAUAAUGACCAUCUCCAACGACGGACCUGCCUCGAUGGCAGCGCCAUCUUCAGAGCCCCAACCGUCGACGACAACGAGCAAUUCCGCUCCAUCCGCAUCUUCAGCCCCGAAGAAAUUACAUGGACGUGCAUUCUACGAAAGCAUCGGGAGCCCGAAGUUUGUCUUGGCUCCAAUGGUCGACCAAUCUGAAUUCGCCUGGCGCAUGCUAACCCGCUCCUUCAUGCCGCCGUCCUCCCCCAAAGACCUACUAGCAUAUACCCCCAUGCUACACGCCCGAAUGUUCACCGAGACGCCCAAAUUCCGCGACGCCCACUUCCAACCGCUCCGCACAUCGCUCACCUCACACCCUUCUCCAACGUCCCUUGCCCCUCCCACAGACCUCUACCUAGACGGCAACCCCUCCACCGAUCGCCCCCUCUUCGCGCAAUUCUGCGCUAACAACCCCGACGAGCUGCUAAAUGCAGCAAAGUAUGUCGCCCCGUUCGUGGACGCCGUGGAUUUGAACCUGGGGUGUCCGCAAGGCAUUGCCCGGAAGGGGAAAUAUGGAGCUUUUUUGCAGGAAGACCAAGAGUUGAUCUUCUCUCUCAUCAACAAACUACACCUCGAGCUCUCCAUACCGGUAACGGCGAAAAUCAGGAUUUUAGACACGAAGGAGAAGACGCUGGAGUAUGCGAGGAAUGUGUUGAGGGCUGGAGCGUCUAUAUUGACGGUGCAUGGCAGGACGAGGGAGAUGAAGGGGCACAAGACGGGGUUGGCGGAUUGGAGUGUUUUGAGGUACUUGAGGGAGCAGUUGGGGAGGGAAGUGGUGAUUUUUGCGAAUGGGAAUAUUUUGCGGAAGGAGGAUAUUAGCAGGUGUUUGGAGGUGACGGGCGCGGAUGGCGUGAUGAGCGCGGAGGGGAAUUUGUAUGAUCCUGCUAUCUUUGCUGAGCCCCCGGAGGUGGGACAAGACGGGAGAGAAUACUGGCGUGGAAGCGAUGGGAAGGGGGGCUGGAGGAUGGAUGCUGUUUUCCGACGAUACAUGGACAUCUUAUAUAAACAUGUCCUCGAAACUCCAGCUCCCGUCCGGAAGCCUCUUUACUUACCAUCCGACCCGGAAAUCCUGGAGAAGGAGGAAAGGGCGGUGGUGAUGGAGGAAGAGGAGGAAGGCCCGCCGAAAAAGAAACGCAAAAGAGGCGGCAACGAGAAAACUUCGAAUCCAAAUCUCCUCGCUAUGCAGCCGCAUCUGUUCCACCUCUUGCGUCCUUUAGUUUCAAAACACCACAAUGUGCGGGAUGCGCUCGCCCGCUGUCGGGCUGGCGAUAUCCAGGCCUUUGAAAAUGUGCUGCAGUUAGUUGAGGCAGCUGUGAAAGGGGGGUUGAGGGAGUAUGAGGAGACGGAGGGGAGGAGCUGGGAGGAGGAGUGUGGGCGGGAUGAACGGCUGAAAGCUGCAAAGGAGAAAGAGGACCAGGCGACGGUGAAGGUCGACGUGAAUGGAAAGGGUGUGAAUAGGAAGGGGGAUGGGAAGGGAGGGGAGAAAGUGGAAAUGGAUGAGUCCUCUAUCGAGACAGUGCGUGCUUGUAAGAGGCCGUGGUGGAUUGUUCAGCCUUAUGUUAGACCGCUUCCCAAGGAGGCGCUGGCGAAGGGGAGUCUUACGCUGAGUAAGAAGGAGAGGGCUGCCUUGGAAGCUGCUGCUAUAACCACAGCAAAGGAAGAAACGAAAGACGAGAAGGUUGGAUCAAGUAGGCAUGUGGAGGCCCUGGAGAAAGUUAAUGAGGGGAAGGAGGGAGUUGAGGUCCCGAAGGAGGCGCUUGUUUGUGGCUGAGAUGUUGAGAUGUCGGGGGUAAAGAUGUGUGAAUAUAGAGGGAAGUCGAUAUCAGAGUGGUCAAGAGCUGAUCCAUUCUACUAGAGACAUCGGGACAUUUCAAAGGAAAUGACAGAUAUGUUUGAAAGACCUCGUCUCUUGAUCUUCUUUCGUCUUCGUGCACUUAUUUCUUUCUCUUUAGUUUUAGUUUAAGGAGCAGUUCAGCAACC